AUGGAGGCUCUCUUCAAGGAAGUUGGCCGUGCCUUUACGGAAAACACAGGGUCAAACGGCUAUGAUCUCGCCAAGACUCUUUCGCCCACAUCACCCUCGGAUCAGCUACAUCGGCUGGCAUCAAUCAAGCUGUCAACAAAUGCAUUCAAUGUCAAGCAGGAUGUCAAGCACUUCCUGACCCAAGCCAUCUCCAAAAAGAACGGAUUUGGCAGCCGAGGCGAUGUUAGGCAACAGAUCAAUGGCUGGGUCGAGGUCUAUGCUGCCUACUGGAAGGCUAUCAACGAGAUUUUGGCAGUAGAAGGAAAUGAUGCCGCGGACAACUCAAGUUUGAAGAAGCCAUCCUGGACCAAAGUCUACGACGCCUGGAAGGAGAUGACGAUUGCAUUGCAUAGAGGCUACACAAACUAUGGCUUUGAGGCGUGGACGAUACCGUGCCUCUACACGGCCGGCAAGUAUCUGAGACUCUUCGCCAUCAAGGCAGACGCAGAAAGGAGCACAACAGGGGCUGCAGGCGAAGAAGAGGUUCAACUCGGCGACGACUUUGAUCUGGAAACAGAGGAGCAUCAAAAGCUCAGGGACUGCGAGCAGCAACUGAAGCGUAUCUUCACUUUGUGUUUAAGCGACCGCUCAACAGAUAUUUACGACACACGCAAAUGGGGAGUCUACGCUACCAUUAACCUUCUUUUCAAGACCUACUUCAAAUUAAACUCGGCAAGCCUGGCACGAACGAUUCUGAAGGCUCUGGCGACAAAUAGAGCUGAUAUGGCGCCGCUCGAAGCGUAUCCCGCACCGCAGCGGGUAACGUUCAAGUACUACGAGGGAGUUCUGUUCUUCUUGGAGGAGAACUACGUUGAGGCCGAGAAGCACCUAACAGAAGCGUGGAGUCAAUGCCACAAGGAUGCACUUGGUAACAAGGAGAAAAUCCUUACAUACCUGAUCCCGUGUCGGCUAUUGACAACGCACACUUUGCCCAGCAAAGCGCUGCUCGAACCUUUCCCCCGGCUCCAGGCCCUAUUCCUCCCUCUAGCGCGCUGCAUUAGGCGAGGUGAUCUUCACGGUUUUGAUGUCGCUCUCCAAGAGGGCGAGGAAGAAUUCGUCAAGCGCAGAAUCUACCUUACGCUCGAGCGCGGCCGUGACAUUACGCUCCGAAACCUGUUGAGAAAAGUGUUUUUAACCAAGGGCUUUGAGGAGCCCAAGAACCCCGGUGACGCCCCACUACGCAAGACCCGUGUCCGUGUUGCUGAGUUUGCCGCUGCCAUCAGUCUUGGAAGCCGUGAGACGGUGGAUGUGGACGAGGUCGAAUGCUUGCUGGCGAAUAUGAUCUACAAGAUGGUUGCCUUGAAGAGUCACCGAAUCUAA